UUUGGGAUCCAUUUAAGCAAAACCAAUAAGAUUAUUGGUCCCGUAUUUACCAAAAAAUAGUACAAACAUUGAAAACUUUAACUUUAUAGUUUAUACACACCUUUACCUCGACUCUCUUCUUUGAGGAGCCUAGUACUUCACAACCAUUUCAUUUUUUUUUUCCACCUUUUUCUACCUCUCAAUCUUCCCUUCCCUUUCCUCUCAAUCUUAUGCUAUUUCUUGUUUAUUAUUCUCUCCAAGCUUCCUGAUCUUCCAAGCUAGAUUCUGAUAUCAACACGCGUUGGAGUGCCUGCUUCGAAUGCCAUGUUUUCCGGUUAAUGAUCUGGUUCUAUCAGAUGUAGUUUGAUUUUAGUGUAUUUUAUGAUGGCCUCGAAAGGUGGCAAAGCGUCUCCGAAACUACAACAAAAAUCCCUCGGUGUUCAAAGAGUGGAAGGAAACAAUCUGAAGACUUUGCCUUCACAGGUUUCAAAGGCGAGCAAGUCUGAGCUUCUAAAUCAUGAGCCGAUGCCAACUUCAGCGGAAAAUGCAUUAAAUCAGGUUACACCAAAUGUCUUUGAAAAUCAAAAGCUGUCGAAUUCCAAUAAAGAACGGAUGGUUGAUUCAUUGAGUAAGAAAUUGGAAUCAAGUUCUUCCUUAACGACGCUUGAAAAAACAUCUACUGAGGCAGAUUCCUCCAUCAACGAGACCAGAGGCUCACAGGAUGUUUCUGUCGAUCAAGAAAAGAAAAUAUCAGCGUAUGGCAGUGUUAAAAGUAGUUCUGUAUCUGCAAAAAUGAGUGAUGGAAACAGCAGUUUUGCGAAGACUAGUGGAAGUACCAAGACCGGUGUCGAUUAUGUUGAAAGUGGAAAAAGUAGCAUGUGUAGAGGAAGCACAAGUAGUGAUAUAAGUGAUGAGAGUACAUGCAGUAGCUUUAGUAGCAGUAUCAGCAAACCGCAUAAAGCAAAUGACUUGAGAUGGGAAGCCAUCCAAGCUGUUAGAGUAAAAGAUGGGUCUUUGGGUUUGAGUCAUUUCAGACUGCUGAAGAGGUUGGGUUGUGGGGACAUUGGGAGUGUCUAUUUGUCCGAGUUGAGUGGAACGAAGUGUUAUUUUGCAAUGAAAGUUAUGGAUAAAGGCUCUCUUGCUGGUCGUAAGAAGCUACUUCGUGCUCAGACGGAAAGAGAAAUACUGCAGUCUUUGGACCAUCCUUUCCUUCCAACUUUGUACACUCAUUUUGAAACAGAUAAAUUCUCAUGUUUGGUGAUGGAGUUCUGCCCUGGAGGAGAUUUGCACACUCUUAGGCAGAGGCAACCAGGGAAGCAUUUUCCUGAGCAGGCAGUAAAAUUUUACGUAGCCGAAGUCUUGCUCUCUUUGGAAUACCUCCAUAUGCUGGGGAUAAUUUAUCGUGAUCUCAAGCCAGAAAAUGUCCUUGUGAGGGAAGAUGGGCAUAUAAUGCUGUCGGAUUUUGACCUUUCAUUGAGAUGUGCUGUAAGUCCAACACUUGUCAAAACCUCAUCUCUCGAGUCUGAGCCCUUGAGAAAAAACUCAGCUUAUUGUGUUCAACCAACUUGUAUUGCGCCUUCCUGCAUCCAGCCAUCAUGUGUUGCUCCUACAACAUGCUUUUCACCCCGCCUCUUUUCUAGCAAGUCUAAGAAAGAUAGAAAACCCAAAAAUGAUCUCGGAAACCAAGUUAGUCCAUUACCGGAGCUAAUGGCAGAGCCAACUGAUGCCAGGUCAAUGUCCUUUGUGGGGACCCAUGAGUAUUUGGCACCUGAAAUCAUCAAGGGUGAAGGUCAUGGAAGUGCAGUUGAUUGGUGGACUUACGGAAUUUUUCUAUAUGAGCUCAUGUUUGGUAAAACUCCUUUCAAGGGAUCUGGGAAUCGCGCCACAUUAUUUAAUGUUGUUGGUCAGCCUCUUCGAUUUCCAGAAGCACCAGUUGUGAGUUUUGCUGCAAGGGACCUUAUAAGGGGAUUACUUGUAAAAGAACCGCAGCAUAGAUUGGGACACAAGCGUGGAGCAACCGAAAUAAAGCAACAUCCUUUCUUUGAAGGUGUGAAUUGGGCGUUGAUACGAUGUGCUACCCCACCUGAGAUUCCAAAGCCAGUUGAAGUCGAGCGCAUACCCGGCCCACCAUCAACAAGUGAAAAACCUAGUGGAGCUCCUCCACCUAUUCCUGAUAAAAAAGGUUCUGAUAAUUAUUUGGAGUUUGAUUUCUUUUAGAUGGCAUUGCUUGCAUUUUGCAAAUUAUUUUUAUUUAUGGGGAAGAAUUGUCGGAAUCACUUUCCUUUUUUCGUUUACCCCGUUAUUUGAUAUUGACAGAUGAUAAAGAAAUGUAUGCUUGUUAUUGCCUGUUUGACA